GGGAACGACGACGCCAGGCAGCGCACCGUCUAACCACUCUCCACCAUGCUCAACAGACGAGCUCUCCUUCGCCUCCGCCCCUCUGCGACGGGCAGGUACAAGCUCGCGCACGUGUCCCAGGGCUCCGUUCUUGUCCAGCGUGCCCUUGCGACUCCCGCAAAGGCACCUUCUCCCAAUGACCCGUUUGCUAACGGCACCAAUGCGUACUAUGCAGAGGAGAUGUAUCGUCACUGGAGACAGGACCCGUCCUCGGUACAUGCUUCUUGGGAUGCUUACUUUAAGGGCCUCGACAAGGGCCUCGGGGCAAACGCCUUCCAGCCCCCACCCAGAUUCCUACCAGCUCCCGCAGAUGGUGCACCAGCUCUCCAUGCUUCUGGUGGUGCUCAGCUCGAUGAUCAUCUCAAGGUGCAACUUCUCGUCCGUGCCUACCAAGUCCGUGGACAUCACGUCGCAGAACUCGACCCCCUCGGAAUUCUCGAUGCCGACCUCCAGGACGUCAACCCUCCGGAACUCGAACUUAGCCAUUACGGGUUCUCCGAGCGGGAUCUCGACAAGGAGAUCACCCUUGGCCCCGGUAUCCUCCCCCACUUCAUGACCGAUGAUAGGUCAACGAUGCCACUCCGUGACAUCAUCAAGACCUUAAAGAGAAUCUACUGCGGUGCGGUUGGCAUACAGUACAUCCAUAUCCCGGACAAGGAUCAGUGCGACUGGAUCCGUCAACGCGUUGAAAUUCCUAAGCCUUGGAACUACACUGUCGAGGAGAAGCGCAUGAUCCUCGAUCGCCUUAUGUGGUCAGAAUCAUUCGAGAAAUUUAUCUCGAUGAAGUACCCCAACGAGAAGCGUUUCGGUCUUGAAGGUUGCGAGGCCCUCAUCCCCGGUAUGAAAGCUCUCAUCGAUAGGUCUGUCGAUCAUGGCGUCAAACAUGUCACCAUGGGCAUGCCCCACCGUGGCCGUCUCAAUGUCCUCGCGAAUGUCAUCCGGAAACCCAUCGAGGCUAUCCUCAACGAGUUCUCGCCCUCCACCGAGGACUCGGAUCCCGGAGGAGACGUGAAAUACCAUCUUGGUGCAAACUAUAUUCGUCCCACACCCUCUGGAAAGAAGGUCGCUCUUUCUCUCGUUGCGAACCCGUCCCAUCUUGAAGCCGAGGAUCCCGUCGUACUCGGCAAGACUCGUGGCAUCCAACACUUUGAGAACGACGAAACCAACCAUGUCACUGCGAUGGGUGUCCUUCUUCACGGAGACGCUGCGUUUGCUGGCCAGGGCGUCGUCUACGAGACCAUGGGCUUCCACAACCUCCCUUCUUAUGGUACUGGUGGAACCAUUCAUCUCAUUGUCAACAACCAGAUCGGUUUCACCACUGAUCCUCGCUUCGCCCGCUCGACGCCCUAUCCGUCGGAUAUCGCCAAGUCUCUGGAUGCUCCCAUUUUCCACGUCAACGGCGACAAUGUCGAGGCCGUUACCUUCGUGUGUCAGCUCGCCGCCGAUUAUCGUGCCAAGUUCAAGAAAGACGUCGUUAUCGACAUCGUCUGCUAUCGUCGUUACGGACACAACGAGACGGACCAGCCUAGUUUUACGCAACCCCGCAUGUACAAAGCCAUCGAAAAGCAGCCCACUCCGCUCACCCAAUACACCAAGUUCCUCGUCAACCGCGGCACGUUCACGGAGAAGGAUAUCGAGGAGCACAGGAAGUGGGUCAUGGGGAUGCUAGAGACUGCCGCCAACGCUGCGAAGGACUACGCCCCAACUAGCAAGGAAUGGCUUUCCGCUCCCUGGCAGGGCUUCCCCUCUCCCAAGCAGCUCGCGGAGGAGACUCUUCCCACCCGUCCUACUGGUGUAGACGAAGAAACGCUCAAGCACAUCGGUCAAACCAUCUCCACGUAUCCUCCGAACUUCAAAGUCCAUCGCAACCUUUCUCGUAUCCUGAACGGUCGUGGCAAGACUGUCCAAGAAGGCCAGAAUAUCGAUUGGUCCACCGCUGAGGCCCUUGCAUUCGGCUCCCUUGCUCUCGAGAAGAAGCAUGUGCGUGUAUCAGGCCAGGACGUCGAACGCGGCACCUUCUCUCAACGUCAUGCUAUCCUCCACGAUCAAGAGAACGAGGCCCAGUAUGUUCCUCUCAACAAUCUCGGCAACAACCAGGCCCGUUUCGUCGUCUGCAAUUCUUCCCUUUCUGAGUUCGGCGCUCUCGGCUUCGAGUUGGGAUACUCCCUCGUUUCUCCUGACGCCCUGACUAUCUGGGAGGCGCAGUUCGGUGAUUUCGCCAACAAUGCGCAAUGCAUCAUUGACCAGUUCAUCGCCUCGGGGGAACGCAAAUGGUUACAGCGCACCGGUCUCGUCAUGAGUCUUCCUCACGGUUAUGACGGCCAGGGCCCGGAGCACUCUAGUGCUAGGAUGGAGCGCUUCUUGCAACUCUGUGACGACCAUCCUCAUGUAUUCCCUACAGCAGAAAAGAUCGAGAGGCAACAUCAAGAUUGCAACAUGCAGAUCGUGUAUCCCACCACGCCUGCCAACUAUUUCCAUGUCCUUCGUCGUCAAAUUCACCGUGAUUUCCGCAAACCGCUCGUCGUGUUCUUCUCCAAGUCUCUGUUGCGCCACCCUAAGGCCCGCUCGUCGCUGGAUGAGAUGACGGGCGAGACGACCUUCCAGAGAUACCUCCCAGAGGAAUCUCCAGAUCUGGUUGCCCCCGAUCAGAUUAGACGACACAUUCUUUGCACUGGUCAAGUUUAUCAAACUCUCCUCGCGGAGCGGGAGGAGAAGGGUAUCAAGGACGUCGCGAUCAGCAGGAUCGAGCAGAUCUCACCUUUCCCAUACGAUCUCGUCACACCUCAUCUUGACCAGUACCCGAACGCAGACCUUCUAUGGUGUCAGGAGGAGCCGCUCAACAAUGGCGCCUGGACUUACGUAGGGCCCCGUAUCUACACGGCCGGCAAGGAGACAAAGCACCACCAGGGCAAGUACCCUCUCUACGCCGGUCGGGAGCCAACGAGUUCCGUCGCCACCGGAAGCAAGAUCCAGCACAAGAAGGAGAUCGAAGCCUUCCUUGCGACCGCUUUCGGAUCAUGAUUGUUUGUCUGACGGUUCUAUGGCCUUGGCGGUUAUCGUGCAUCAUAUCUUGCUUUUCUCGUGGACAGUUAAUAAACGUUUCCUCUUUUCGCACUCUCGUUGUGAACUUUGUGAUCGUGUGCACCAUGUGUCAGCAGGGUUCGAAUGAGAGUUUGAAUGAGAGCUGGUGU